AUGUCAGCCUCUUCUUCAUCAUCAGAAGUAAGCGUGAAGCUUCUGAUCGACACCAAAGCAAAGAAAGUCUUAUUUGCAGAGGCCAACAAACAGUUCGUGGAUUUCCUCUUCCACAUCCUUUCUCUUCCUAUUGGUACUGUGAUCAAGCUUCUCAACAAGACCUCGAUGGUGGGCUCACUCGGAAACCUCUAUGAAAGCAUCGAGAACCUGAGUGAUACAUAUAUGCAACCAAACCGAAGUAAAAAUUCCGUUUUGAACCCCAAAACCGUGAAAUAUGGGGCUCAUGUCCCACUUUUGCUAACACCCAAUGAUCACAAUAUUCCGAUGGCCCAGAAGUUUUACAGAUGUCAUAGUUGUUAUUCCAAUGUAACUGAUGAUCCUGAUGUUAUCUGUCCUCGGUGCCGACAUUAUCACAUGAGCACUCAGUUGACCUUUGUCAGUGGUGGUGGUAUGUUGAAUGGGACGGCGGAGGGUGGUGGUUUUGUGAAGGAGGUGGUGACUUACAUGGUUUCGGAUGAUCUGGUGGUGAAGCCAAUGUCCACCAUAUCCAGCCUUACUAUGUUGAAUAAGUUCAAUGUGAAGGAAAUUGGUUGUCUUGAGGAAAAGGUGAUUUCUUUGGAGAUGAAAGAGUCAUUUUCACUAUUUGAAAUCACUCAGUCGAGUGAUUCUAGGGUUCCAUCAAUGGUGGUUCAUAGCAAUGGAAUAGGAGGAGACAGUGUUUCAAGUAACCUUGAUUCUACCAUUCCAACUAUUAGAAUCAAGAGAGCAAAGAGGGGACUCAAAGAUAAAAUCAAUCUUCCAGAAAUCUCUAGUGAUUUUCUGAUCAAUUAUGGAAGAAAGCAACUAGAGAAAGAAGUAGAGAUGUUUCGAUCAUUACUCCAGAAACCGGUAAAUCAUUACUCUAGAAACCGCGAUGGAAAGGUAGCUUCGAUGUCAGGCGAAGGUUCAAGGUUCAUCGCUUAA